CGACAGCUAGCUUGCGUGCUACAAAUAGAUACCGACACAGCGGGCGAGUGUCCACACUGACUGUAAAGCCACAACGGUUCAUGGAGGUCGAAUAGCUCAGCGGCACCCGGUUUAUUCAGAGAACCGGAGAAUACGCUUACUAGCUGCACGGGGGGGAAUAAAUUGUUGGACAUUUUACGAGUUGUCAUGUGUAGCGAUAGCAGGCAGACUAGUUUCUAGCUAGCUGUUAUCUAAUGCUCGGUAAUGUGGACACCAGCGGCACUGUCAGACGGUUCGUUAGGUCAGUGAGCUAGCCAGUGCACAGCGACGAAAACGGUCACAAAAACUCAAAUUUGAUUCAGUCACUAUUUUUUUUUGGAAGAGUUUAACCAGUCAGUUUUAGGCGGUGCUCGGUUCUGCUUCAGCUAACGCGACAGAGCGGUGAUGGACUUCCUUGCUGGCUGCAUUGGAGGUGCUGCUGGAGUCUUGGUUGGACACCCUUUUGACACAGUGAAAGUGAGACUGCAGGUCCAGAAUGUUGACAAGCCUCUAUACCGCGGGACCUUUCACUGUUUCCAGUCCAUCAUACGACAGGAGUCGAUGCUUGGUCUGUAUAAAGGCAUUGGAUCCCCCAUGAUGGGCCUUACUUUCAUCAAUGCCAUAGUGUUCGGUGUCCAGGGCAACACCAUGCGGCUGUUGGGGCAGGACACCCCCACGAACCAGUUCCUCGCUGGUGCAGCAGCAGGCGCCAUCCAGUGUGUGAUCUGCUGCCCUAUGGAGUUGGCCAAAACCCGCAUGCAGAUGCAGGGCACCGGGGAGAAGAAGUCCUCACGGAAGCUGUACAAGAACUCCCUGGACUGCUUGAUGCGCAUCUACAACCGUGAGGGAUUGUGGGGCGUCAACCGCGGCAUGGUCACCACUCUUAUCCGUGAGACGCCGGGCUUUGGAGUGUACUUCCUGGCCUACGACGUGCUGACGCGCUCCCUGGGCUGCGAGCCAGAUGAUCCCUACAUGAUACCCAAGCUGCUGUUUGCAGGGGGGAUGUCUGGCAUUGCAUCAUGGAUUUCCACCUAUCCCGUGGACGUGAUCAAAUCCCGUCUCCAGGCAGACGGCGUAGGCGGGGUCAACCAGUAUAGCAGCAUCGCUGACUGUGUGCGUCAGAGCGUCAGGAGAGAGGGCUACAUGGUGUUCACGCGAGGCCUCACCUCCACACUCCUAAGAGCCUUCCCUGUUAAUGCAGCUACCUUCGCUACCGUCACCCUCGUCCUCAUGUACGCCCGGGGGGUCGAGGAGGGACCAAAAGACUGUGAGCCGGCUCCGCCGAGCCACCAUGCACAGCUGCAGCAGCAGCAGGCCCAGCCCUCCAGCCUGUGACCAGCCAGCAGAGGGCUCACCCUCAACUGAGGCACUUUACAAGAGAACGGAAAGACAGAAAAGUGUACAAACCCAUCAUCAUUACUGUUGACUCAGUUUCACAGAAGACCAGUCAUUCCCAGUUUUAGAAGAGCAGCACCCUGACUUUUAGCAACUUGUUUUUACAUAUCAUUCAGGAUACAAAGUGAAAUGCUUAUUUUGAGGAUUCAUGUGAAUUCUAAGGUUGCCUCUGCAUUUGAAAAUUGUUGAAAUUGGGAACUUUAGAAUUCACGUGAGCUUUUUACAGUAGCCCAUAUCCUGUCACAGGUCCACUUGGAGCCAUUGCUCUUGACUUGUUACUGAGCCACACAACUGGAGUGUGUGCCAGCUACUGUAGACUCAUCUGUCUCUGUUAUUUAUAUCUUUUAAAUAUGCAGUGUUUAUCUGUGGAUUUUUUUCUUUUAUAUGUAUAUUAUAAGACCAUUUUUCCUGCCUUAUGAUAUUAAUACUUUAUCUUCUGUGAGGAAGUUGAAGCACCUAUCUGUACCUAUACUGUAUCUUCUGAGGGGCAGAGCAAGAAAGAAUGGUGGAAUGUAGCACGUGAUAAGGCGUGUGUGCAGAACUUAUAAUGUUUUGUCGACUUCCAAACCAAAAAAGCUUAUUGCAGUUACUUAAUGGUUAUCACUAACGCACAUAGUGUUACUCCAUAUAGCUUGUCUCAUUGUCCAUAAUCAAGAAGAACUCAAUCGCACUAGGAUGGAGAGAAUUUUAGGGAGCCGAUGAGAAAUGUUUGUAUGUGACUCAAAGUUGUAGGUGGUGUGUUAUGUAUAUUUUUUUUUUUUCUUGUCUGAGUGGCAUGUUGUGUUUUACCAGUUAAUGUGAAGUUAUUAAAGGCAUAUUGAAGGCCUAAUGUAGACCACAGCUGUACCACUAUUAGCUUUCUUUGAUUUUUUUUAAAAAGAUAUAUCUAUAUGAUGGGACAGCGAUACAUUUGUUUGAAAUAUAAUUUGAAGGCGUGAAUUGUUUAUAAGGUAAAAACACUGGAGAAUAAGUGAGAAUCUGGUGGUUGUGAAGCAGAGAUUUCUCCUUCAGCAAAUCCUGAUGUUAAAACCUCUAUAUGUAUUUGCUCAUAAUUCCCAUCCUUAAAGAAAUCUGGAUUGUCGCUUUAAUUAAACUUAUUUAUUUUAUUUUAUUUGUUUGGUUACUUUAGCAGUUAAAUUGUGUGCAGGUAUCGCUAAAGCCAGAGUGGAAAUCGUCUGCUUCUCUGCACGUGUGUGGUCAGUAUUUGACAAUUUCGUCUGUAUUUUUAUGCCUGAAUGUUCAAGUUCUUGUUGGAAGUCUCGAUUUAUCUCCAAGUCAUAAGAUAAUCUCUCCGUUCCCCUCACGAUGCUGUAAUCUGUCAGUGUGUGAUAGUGUACACACCUUUUGCACAAGGUUCCAGAAGAUAAUUCUUGUGGUUUUAGUCAGAGCUUGCAGAUUGGAACGUGUACAAUCCAAUGAAUGCUACACUGUAAAUUAUUUCUAAAUGCAGGCUUUGGGAAAGGGAAGUUGCAGAUGCACUAAAUAUUUAAGUAUGAUGAAUGUAAUAUUCUUUACUUCACCCAGCCUGACCGAAACUCAAGAGCAUAUAACGGUGUCGAGCAAAUUCUCCUCUUUGGUUGCUUGUUUGGACGGGCCCUCGCUGCCGGGAGCCUUGCACGUUUCCAAAGCCUUUACAUGCUGCUUCUCUGCUUUGUUCUGGUCUGACGGUGGCUGAUGCACAAUGACACAAUCAAAGUUGAGGUGCAAAGGGAUAUUUGGUGUGUCUGUCAAAUCUGCCUGUGUUAACCAUUAAUUCCACCUCUGAAACAGUGACUGUUACCUCUUGCUAAGGUCAUGGUUAAGCAUAUAGAUUAGUGGUUUUUACUGUACAGGACGUCCAUUUGCAUAAAUGAGACUUAGGCUUGAGUGUUUUAAAGUGAUGGGAAGUGUAAAUAUAUACAUAAAUAGCAUAUAUUUUUUGGUCUAACUUAGUUGUGUGGUUCCCUGAAUGAGUGAGUUUAUGCAGUUUUAAAAGUCUCUAUUUAAACAGUUUGGUUAGCUGUUACAACAAAGAGAUUUUGACUGGAAAACUGAGACAUGCUAUUUUUGUAACAUACUGAUAAUAAUGCUGAGGCAGUUAACCUAUUUAUUUAGAUUUGUUCAUGGGAAUCUGUACAAAUGGGUAAAUAAAAAUGACUGACUCAGA